AUGUUAAUGUCUUCUGACAAAGAAAAGGACCCAGAUGUUAUUCCUGAAGAUAGCAGUCUGCUAACUCUUAGAAUUAGAAAGAAGGCGUUAGAGAGGAGAGAAGAAACAAUUAUUGUGGAUCGAGCUUGCAGACAAGAAACUCUUGCUUAUGAGAUGGAGUCACAUGCAAUUGGAAAGAGGCCAGACAAUCCAACAGAUCUAGUUGAGGAGGGGGAACUACUUUUAACUCUGAACAUCUUCUAUCCUGUCAUAUUUCAGAAGCAUAAAGAUCACAAACCCUAUCAGACAGUCCUUGUACUGGGCAGCCAGAAGCUCACCGAGCUGAGAGACUCGAUUUCCUGUGUCAGUGACCUUCAGAUAGGUGGCGAGUUCAGCAGUCAGCCAGAUCAAGCACCAGAGCACAUCAGCAAG